GCCUAAUUGCAAAUUAGUCGCGCGUUUGUAGUCAACUGCUGCUGUUGUGCGUGGAGAGAGAGAAAGUGACCAGUUUUGAGAGUGUGUCAGGUUGAUUUAAUUUAUAACUAUAUACACAAACACACUUACAUCGACAAUGAUGAACAGCCUGAAGAAGCUGCCCAUGCGUAUGCUGGCGAAUGCUGCACGUCAGCAAAGUGCCGCUAUGUCCUCAGCCCCCGGCUUGCCCCCACCCCUGACAUAUCUCACCGACGAUGAGAAGAUGAUGAAGGAGACGGUGGCUAAACUGGCCCAGGAUCAAAUUCUGCCAUUGGUCAAGAAAAUGGACCUUGAGCACAAAUUCGAUCCGUCCGUGGUGAAGGCUGUGUUCGAGAAUGGUCUGAUGGGCAUUGAAAUCGAUACGGAACUGGGAGGCAGUGGCUGCAAUUUCAUGACCAACAUCAUUGUCGUCGAGGAGCUGUCCAAGAUUGAUCCAGCUGUUGCUGCUUUUGUGGACAUUCACAACACCUUGGUCAACUCGCUGAUGAUCAAGUUUGGCAAUGCGGAACAGAAGGCCAAAUAUUUGCCCAAAUUGGCACAGGAAUACGCUGGCAGCUUUGCAUUGACGGAACCUGGCGCAGGAUCCGAUGCCUUCUCCCUGAAGACUGUGGCCAAAAAGGAUGGCUCCCACUAUGUGAUCAAUGGCUCCAAGAUGUGGAUCUCCAACUCUGAUGUCGCUGGUGUAUUCUUGGUCUUUGCCAAUGCCAAGCCCGAGGAUGGCUAUCGCGGCAUUACCACGUUCAUUGUGGAUCGCGAUACUCCCGGUCUCAUUGUGAACAAGCCCGAGGAUAAGCUUGGCAUCCGCGCCUCUGGCACCUGCAUGCUGACCUUCGACAAUGUCCGCGUGCCUGAGGAGAAUAUCCUGGGCACCUUUGGACAUGGCUACAAGUAUGCCGCUGGCUUCCUGAACGAGGGUCGCAUUGGCAUUGGCGCCCAGAUGGUGGGUCUGGCCCAAGGUACCUUCGAUGCCACAAUCCCAUAUUUGCUGGAGCGUAAACAGUUCGGCGAUGCCAUCUACAACUUCCAGUCCAUGCAGCAUCAGAUCGCCACAAUUGCCACAGAGAUUGAGGCAGCUCGUCUGCUCACCUACAACGCGGCUCGCCUGCAGGAGGCUGGUGUGCCCUUCCUCAAGGAGGCAGCCAUGGCCAAGUUCUACGCCUCAGAGGUGGCUCAGCGUGCGGCCACCAAGUGUAUUGACUGGAUGGGCGGCGUAGGCUUCACCCGCGACUUCCCCCAGGAGAAAUUCUAUCGUGAUGCCAAGAUCGGUGCGAUCUAUGAGGGCACAACCAACAUGCAGCUAAGCACCAUUGCCAAGUGCAUCAAGAAGGAGUUCUCUGGUUAAGAUAAACCUCAACCUAAUCCCUAAGUCCAUAUACAAAGCUGAGAUAUCGUACGUCAGAUACGUCAAGUGCAUUUACCAAUUUACCAGAGCUGGACAACAAUUGAGCCUUCAUCGAUCGUUGCCAACGCAUUUUCAUCGAUUUUUUUGUUAUAUUGUAUAAAAUACAAUUAAAAUCAAUUUUAAAAAGUAUAAA